UCAAAAAAUCAAUUUUAUCGUGUUUUUGUUCCGGGAAGAUACAAUUUGAUUUGCAAAAAAGUUGUGAUGUUGUAAUGUGGCACAAAACUGUUUUAUUGCGCUGAGUGGCGAAGACAAUGGCUUCAAAGCAGAAUUCCUUUGAGAGCGCUCAGAAUGAAGUUUCAAAUCUUCCGUACGAAGAAAAGACUGCGGAGAAUCUUCAGGAUGCGCUGAUGAACAUCUUUCGACCAGUAAUCCAAGAACUCGACGUCUGCGUGGAACAGACUCGUAACAGUCAGCAGGAUUUAAAGCGACAGAUCGAUCUUCUCUCAAAUGAACUGUAUCAGCUGAGUAGCCUUUGCGAAGUGUCUCCCAUGCUGGAACUGUAUGCGAAAAAAAUGACGACCAUCAAGCGCCGCAUAACAGUGAUGCACAAUAUUCUGCAAAACGUGCAGGAUCGGCUGAGAAAGCUGGAGCAAAGCGCUGUGGCAAAAAAUCUGACAUCGUCAAACAAUUCCUCAUCAAGUGCGGCAUCAGCUGCUGCCAGUGUCAUCCCUACCAACCCGUCAAACCCGCCAUAACAUCUGCACCCUUUGAAAUAGCAUCUACAUAUUAUAUAAACGUUAAUUGCGACAAUACUUACUAAGUUUACUCCCGUUACAGGUUGUGCAAUUUGUGGGCGCACACAUUUUUGCAGUGAUUUCACUUUAUCACCAAUUCCAAUUCCAGUGUUCUCCUGAAGACUUUGUUCAAUGACUGUCUGUGAUUUUUUAUUUUACGUCGUACCUUUACUUGCGUUUACUUUUUUAUUUACUGUCAGUGAACGGAAUUUCAUAACUUGAAUCGGGUGUCUCUCAUUGUUUUGUCUGUAGAAUGUUGCCACUAUUGUGUAAUGCUUUUAUUGACCAAAAUACUCGAAGUUCGUAUUUACUUUGACAUUAACAGAC